AAGUUUCAUCUCCUGUCUAAACUUCUUAAAGUUUCAGUUUAAUUUCAGAAAAUAUGUUUUGGUGUACAAUUGUCCCUCUAUUUCUAGCUGUUCUUGAGCUAAGCAGUACACGUUUGCCAGAUGUGACCGUGAACUCCGUUUUGGAGGAUCACAAUUACUUUAGAACCAUAAAAGACUUCCCGGAGUUAUCCUUAUCUAAAAAACUGAGCAAAGAAUGUGAAGCUUACGCAAAACAUUUAGCUACUUUGGAUAUCUCAAAUCAAACAUUAUUUGAAGAAAAUCUCAGUGCGGAUUUUUUUUUUGAUCAAACAGGUUAUCCUUUAUCGGACCCAAAGAAAAUCAGGUAUACAGAAAACAUAUGCGAGUUUGAAGAACUGUCUUGCGUUAGUUACUGGGGUCUCAAUGGGGGAACUUGUUACGACAGGACAUUAAAAGGAAACAAGGACGAAAAUGUUAAAUCACUGGCUGAUAAAUAUACUGCACUCAUGUGGAGGUCAUCUAAAAAAAUGGGAGUGGGUAUUGCUCCAAAAUACCCUACGAAUAAAAAUGGCAGGAAAAUAAUGGUCGUAAGGUAUUCCCCACCCGGAAAUGUGCCUGGAAAGUAUAAAGAAAAUCUACCAACCGAACCUACUCCCGAAGCAGAAACCACGACGCCCUCAAGCGCGUGCGGAAAGGAUUUAAACAUAAUUAUACUAAAUUGCUUUCUUUUUAUUCUCAAUUUUGUGUAG